UCUAAGGUCUUGACCUAUCUACGGAGUCCCAACUGGGACACUCGUAUUGCAGCAGGCCAAGCCGUAGAGGCGAUUGUGAAAAAUAUUCCAGAGUGGAACCCUGGCCCAAAUCCUAAAGAAGGGUCGCGGGCGCGCUCGAGCCUAUCCCAGCUAUCAUCGGGCAGGAGGCGGGGUGCACCCUGAACUGGUUGCCAGCCAAUCGCAGGGCACAUACAAACAAACAACCAUUCACACUCACAUACACACCUACGGGCAAUUUAGAGUCUCCAAUUCAUGCAUGUUUUUGGGAUGUGGGAAGAAACCGGAGUGCCUGGAGAAAACCCACGCAGGCACGGGGAGAACAUGAAACCUCCACACAGGCGGGGUCUGGGAUUGAACCCCGGUCCUCAGAACUGUGAGGCUGACUCUCUAACCAGUCGCACACCGUGCCCCCAGCUUCAUAUUUGUUCAAAUUAACUUAAUGGUAGCCAUGAUAUCUAACAAACUAUUUGCUCAAUACUGAUGAUAGGGAAUACUAAAGUGUAGCCAUGCUUGCAAAGUUGUGAUUUGUUUUAAAAGUGAGAAAAUCUAAGCCCACAAUGACAAUGGACUUUUUUCUUUUCAUGUAUUCUUUAUUUAAAAAAAGACAAAUGUAGAAAGACCAAACUUAUGUUUGCAUUCACCAAUUUACUGUAAUGAAAGACUUCUGUUUAUUUUCUUACAGAAUCAUUAUCACCAGAGGAUCCAGCUUGUGACAAGCUGAGUUUCUACCAUUUUGACAUUUCCCGCCUACUCAAACAUGGCGCAUCUCUUCUGGGAUCUGCUGGGGUGGAGUUUGAAUUGCAGGAUGACAAAAUGUGUGAGAUGGACCCCAAGGAACGUCUGGCCUGCCAAAGAAAGUUUCUUCAGAAGAAGUUGGGACUUGACAUAGGUGCUGCAAUUGGCAUGGACACGGAGGAGCUGUUUAAUGAUGAGGACCUUGACUACACGUUUCCAUCCAGUGGGUCAAGACCUCACGGAAGCAAGUAUACUCCAGGAUCAAGCUCCCGUAACAAUCUUCCUAUUCAAGCUGCAGAAUUGAUAGAUUCCGAAUUCCGGCCAGGGAUGAGCAAUCGCCAGAAGAAUAAGGCAAAGAGGCUGGCAAAGAUAGUUGCAAAACAAAAAUCCAGAGACUUGGAUCUGAAUGAGAAAAGUAAUGACAGUUUUGAAGGUGAGCCUGAAGAGAAACGAAGGAAAACCACCAGCAUGGUUAUUGACCAGCCACCAACGGAGCAUAAAGUCCAAAUUAACAAAGUUCCAGAUAAUGCCAGUCUUUCAGAGGAGACACAAGAGUGGCCUUUGGAAAGCUUUAGUGAAGAGCUCUGCAAUGACCUCUUUAAUCCUUCUUGGGAGAUCCGUCAUGGUGCAGGCACUGGUCUUAGAGAAAUCCUCAAGUCCCAUGGUGCUGGAGGUGGCAAGCUUAUGGGAAGCACUGCAGAGCAGAUGUUGCGGCAGCAUGAGGAGUGGAUACAAGACCUUGUGAUCCGAUUGCUAUGUGUCUUUGCUCUGGACCGUUUUGGAGAUUUUGUAUCAGAUGAGGUGGUGGCACCUGUCCGGGAGACAUGUGCUCAGACGCUUGGUGUGGCCCUUCGCUACAUGAAUGAGACUGGUGUGUCUAUGACAGUAGAUGUCCUACUGAAGCUGCUCAAAGAAGACCAGUGGGAGGUCCGUCAUGGAGGCCUGCUAGGAAUCAAAUAUGCUCUUGCUGUCCGACAGGACCUGAUCUCUGCUUUACUCCCAUGCCUACUCCCUGCCAUCACUGUGGGUCUUCAGGACCUUGACGAUGAUGUCAGGGCUGUGGCUGCUGCAGCACUCAUCCCUGUUGUGGAAGGCUUGGUACAGCUACUACCCAAUAAGGUACCAUUCAUCGUAAACACAUUGUGGGAUGCACUUUUGGAUCUGGAUGACCUCACUGCUUCCACCAACAGCAUCAUGACGUUGUUAUCGUCUUUGCUCAGCUACCCGCAGGUUCGACAGUGCAGUAUGCAGCAGUCACUAACAGUGCUGGUUCCCCGGGUUUGGCCCUUCUUGAGACACACUAUAUCAUCAGUUAGACGGGCAGCACUGGAAACGCUUUUCACACUGCUGUCUAAAUCUGACCAGAAAUGUGCAGUGUGGAUCAACCCCAUCCUGCAGGAUAUGCUUCGUCACAUUUUCCAGUCUUGCAUACUAGAAAGCAAUGAGGAAAUUCUAGAACUGAUCCAAAAGGUGUGGACGGAGCUACUCUCUCAGGCCCCGCAACAGUAUGUGGUAGCAGCCAGUUGUCAAUGGAUGGGGGCCUGGCUUUGUCUCAUGAUGCAGGCCUCACACAUUCCCAUUGACCUCAACAUGUUGCUUGAAGUGAAGGCCCGCUCAAAGGAUAAAUGUGGUUCAAAGGCACGUCAAGGGACAAACCAGGUAAAGGAAACGGUCCAGGAGUAUAUAGCAGGGGCAGAGACAGUGACUGAUGACCCACUAUCAAGGGACUAUGUGGUGAUCCGUGCUCGCCUUAUGGCUGCCAAAUUGCUCGGAGCUCUGUGUAGGUGUAUCUGUGACCCUCACCUCAAUGCUGCAUCUCAGGAGAUCCGUCCAGCUGAGUCUCUGGGCCAGUUGUUGCUCUUUCACCUCAAUACAAAGUCGGCACUGCAGCGAAUAGCAGUAGCUCUUGUACUCUGUGAGUGGGCUGCGCUACAAAAGGAUUGCCCUAUGGUGUCGAGUACGGUGCAGCCUCGUCUUCUCGCCAUUCUUUCAGAGCAAUUGUAUUACGAUGAGAUUGCCAUCCCCUUCACACGCAUGCAGAAUGAGUGCAAGCAGCUCAUUGCCUUGCUUUCUGAGGCUCACAUAGACAUUCAAGACCGGCUCAAUUGUAGUGUUUUCACUAUUGAUCAAGCCAAUGAGCUGUUAACCACCAUCUUCACAGAAUCAACAGCAGAUUUGAAUGUGAAGACAAAACCGUGGCAAGUAUUGGAGAGUAAACGGCAGCAGGCACAAGCCACAGUAAUGGAAACAAGCCAUGAUUGGCAGCAGUUGCAUCUCCGGGUCCACAUGUUCACCGCCUGCGCAGUUAUCAACCAGCAAGUGCUCCCUGACAAACUCAACCCACUGGUCCGACCUCUGAUGGAGUCCAUCAAGCGGGAGGAAAACACUCUUAUUCAGGGUUAUGCCGCUUCUUUCAUUGCCAAGCUGCUGCAGCAGUGUUGUGGACGCUCACCAUGUCCCAACCCCAAGAUUAUCAAAAACCUCUGUGCCUCAGUUUGUGCUGACUCCUCAGUUACCCCCUCAUCUGCUUGUCCUGUGCCCCUCUCACAGGAUAAUUCUAAAGGCAGUGGUUUGGACAAAGACUGCCUGCAUCACAUGGUUAACAAAACUCGAGGCAUCAUGACUCUGUACCGUCACCAAAGGGCAGCUUUUGCAAUCACCAGCAAAAGGGGCCCUGUUCCUAAAUCAUCCAAGACUCCGCCCUCUGACCUUCCUCCAGGCAGCAGCAUUGGCAUAGACAAUGAUGAGAGGAAGCCAUGUCUUAUUCAAAGGAGAGGGGCAGAGUUCUCUCUAACAACUAUUGCAAGGCACUUUGGUAUUAACCUCACCAAGUCUCUGCCGUACCUUUGGGAGAACACAGUGGGGCCUUUGAGGACCGCAGUUAAUGAAAAUCACGUUAUAGAUAGACAAAUUCAGUUGGAGAGAGGUGAUGCUGCAGCUCAGGAACUGGUAAACUCUCUACAAGUGCUUGAAGUCAUGACUGGAGCCAUGUCUCAUGAGCUCAAACCUCUGCUGCUGGAACACCUUCCUCAUCUGUUUACCUGCCUCCAGCAUCCUUACACAGCAGUGCGUCACAUGGCAGCUCGGUGUGUGGGCGUACUGAGUAAGAUAUCCAUGUUGGAGACAAUGGAUGUUUUUCUUGAGUGUGUACUACCCUGGUUAGCUGCUAUUCAUGACUGCACCAAACAGGAGGGAGCCAUUGAGGCGUUGGCUUGUGUCAUGGAACAGUUGGAUGUGGAUAUUGUUCCCUACAUUGUACUGCUGGUAGUACCGGUGUUGGGGCGUAUGAGCGAUCUCAGUGACAGCAUUCGUUUCAUGGCCACGCAGUGCUUUGCUACACUCAUUCGCCUAUUACCGCUGGAGGCAGGUAUACCAGACCCUCCCGCCAUGUCUGCUGACCUGGUCCGUCAGAAGGCCAGAGAGCGACACUUCUUGGAACAACUGCUUGAUAGCAGAAAGCUGGAGAAUUACAACAUCCCCGUGCCAAUUAAGGCAGAGCUAAGGAAGUACCAGCAGGAUGGUGUGAACUGGCUGUCAUUCCUAAACAAGUACAAGCUGCAUGGUAUCUUGUGCGACGACAUGGGCCUCGGCAAGACUCUGCAGUCUAUCUGCAUUCUAGCAGGAGAUCACUACCUCAGGGCUCAGGAAUAUACCAAGACAAAAGCGGCAGACUGCAGCCCACUGCCUUCUCUCGUGGUGUGCCCGCCCACACUGACUGGUCACUGGGUGGAUGAGGUGGGCAAGUUCUGUGCCAAAGACUACCUCAAUCCACUGCACUACACUGGGCCCCCUACAGAGAGAAUGCGGUUACAACACCAAGUGAAGAAACAUAAUCUUGUUGUUGCGUCUUAUGAUGUUGUGCGUAAUGAUAUUGACUUUUUUAAAAAUAUAAAAUUCAAUUACUGCAUUCUUGAUGAAGGUCAUAUCAUCAAAAAUGGCAAAACCAAACUUUCCAAAGCCAUUAAACAAUUGGCUGCCAACUUUCGUGUCAUCUUGUCUGGAACGCCAAUUCAGAAUAACGUUCUUGAGCUCUGGUCCCUCUUUGACUUCCUCAUGCCGGGCUUCCUGGGGACAGAGCGACAGUUUGCUGCGCGUUACGGCAAACCAAUCCUGGCCAGUCGUGACGCCAAAAGUUCCUCACGUGAACAGGAGGCUGGCGUCCUGGCCAUGGAAGCACUUCAUCGGCAAGUGUUACCUUUCCUUUUGAGAAGGAUGAAAGAGGAUGUACUGCAGGACCUUCCUCCAAAAAUAAUUCAGGACUACUACUGUAACUUGAGUCCUCUGCAGGUUCAGCUCUAUGAAGACUUUGCCAAGUCUCGUGCUAAGGCUAGCGUAGACGACAGCAUCUCUGUUGCCUCUGCAGAGCAGGAGGAAAAGCCCAAACUGAAGGCCACGGGUCACGUCUUCCAGGCCCUGCAGUAUCUGCGGAAGCUGUGCAACCACCCGAGCUUGGUAUUGACCCCACAGCAUCCAGAAUACAAACGCAUCACUGAUCAGCUAGCAGGCCAAAACUCCAACCUGCGAGACAUUCAGCACGCUCCGAAACUCUCUGCACUAAAACAGUUGCUCCUCGACUGCGGACUUGGUGGCGGAGGUUCCGAAGGGAGCACCGAAGCCGUGGUGGCUCAGCAUCGGGUGCUCGUUUUCUGCCAGCUGAAGAGUAUGCUGGAUAUUGUUGAACAUGACCUCCUGAAACCCAAAAUGCCCACAGUCACAUACUUGAGGCUGGAUGGUGGCGUGCAGGCCGGCCUGCGCCACACCAUCGUCUCCCGAUUUAACAACGACCCGUCCAUUGAUUUGCUGUUGCUGACCACACAUGUUGGUGGUCUUGGUCUCAACCUGACUGGUGCUGAUACAGUGGUGUUUGUGGAGCAUGACUGGAACCCCAUGAGGGACCUACAGGCCAUGGACCGCGCACAUCGGAUUGGCCAGAAACGCGUUGUGAACGUGUACAGGCUCAUCACUCGAGGCACCCUCGAGGAGAAGAUUAUGGGCCUGCAGAAGUUCAAGAUGAAUAUCGCCAACACCAUCAUCAGCCAGGAGAAUGCCAGCCUGCAGAGCAUGGGGACAGACCAGCUCCUCAACCUCUUCACUCUUGAUAAAAGCGACAGAGGUGAGAGGGGUGAACAGUCUACGUCGACUUCAGGAAAAGCCUCCAUGAAAUCUGUGCUGGAUGGCCUGGGAGAGCUCUGGGACCAGCAACAGUACGACAGCGAGUACAAUCUGGACAGCUUCAUGCACUCCCUGCAUUAGCGUCACAUGACCUCACGUAGAUAGGCAUGGCUCCUGCAGGGCAUGACAUCGGCUGGCCAAGCAGGACCUGGUCAGAUUUUGACAAACCCUGCGAGAACGUCAUGAAUCCAAGUUUCCAUAUUACUGCUCUUCAGUUGAUUUGCAAAGCCUUUUUCUCAGUUUUCAGUGACUUAUUUACAAAGCCGUCAACGUAAUGGGUCGCAGCAGCGUCAAGUCUUCAGUGGAUGCAUUAGCAGCUGCUACUGUGCUUCUUCCACAAUGCAAUGCUGUUGCCUUAUUACGACUUCCUCCUCCAUCUUAGAAGCACAACAGAACCCAGUCUCCCUGCUCUCAAGUUGAACUUUGGCAAUUUGACCACAAGUGACAAGCUGGAUGCCACGCCACACUAACUUUGUGUCACCAGAUGGGCAGUGCACUUCGUUCAUCCACAAGAUGGCGCUAUUUUUUAGUUAUUCAGAACUCCGAUGCAGACAAGACCCUCCAAAUGAGUGGAAAAAAUGACGACCCGAGGACAAGCUCUGCUCCUGAUGCGUCACACAGACGAAACCUUCUUCAGGGGCCAAGCUGAAAAUGGUUUCUGAAAUGUGUCAAGUAUUUUAAAAGAAUGGACAUGUACAUAUUUCUGUAAUAGCGGCUUUUUGUUUAUGAAAGUGGAAUUGGAAUAAAUUCUACAAGCCCUUUGAGCUACA